AUGCCGAGACGGACAAAAGAUCUCUGUACUUGAGGAUACUAAAGGCAGGUCUGCUGAGGAUGAUGAGCAGCCUGCCCCAGUUAGCACCCUGGAAGCUCCGCCCGUCCGUCCGCUGUGCGCCUCCUCAGCUCUCAUUCAAAACACAACACAGCUGUUGCGAGACGCACUGUUGUGCUGCGGAGCGUUGUGGUUUAUAGAAAACUGCGAAGCGCCGUCCUCUGAUGUGCCCGCUGGAAUACCAUCAGACGGAGACAGAGGAAAACGGGGCAUUUCGCCUGGCUGCAUAAGCAGACCUCUGAGAAGGAGUGGACCCAAUAGAGAGGGAGGCAACAGAAUACAGAGAAACGAGCAGCUUCCCCUCUGGCACUAUGCGCAUCUGACACACAUCUACUAGAAAGGCCGAGCAGGCUUUACUGCAGCUGAGAGCGAUGACUGGUCUCCUGCGUUGAAGCUCGAUGGUAUGGGAAUGAUGGACCUCCCCAAUGGCCAAUCAAGCAUCUCCAACACAGCUGCAACAACCUCUGAGAAGAGCAGCAGCUCAGAGUCUCUCAGCGAUAAGGCCUCUUCCGAGCUGAAGAAGAGUUUCGACGCCGUCGUGUUCGACGUGUUGAAGGUCACUCCUGAGGAGUAUGCGGGCCAGAUCACCCUCAUGGACGCUCCUGUGUUCAAAGCCAUCCAACCAGACGAGCUUUCUAGCUGUGGCUGGAACAAGAAGGAGAAGCACAGCUCCGCUCCGAAUGUCGUAGCCUUCACCCGCAGGUUCAAUCAGACAAGUUUCUGGGUGGUAAGAGAGAUCCUCCACGCUCAAACGCUGAAGAUCCGAGCCGAAGUACUGAGUCUGUACAUCCGCACUGCCAAGAAACUGUGUGACAUGAACAACCUCCACGCUGUCAUGGCGGUGGUGUCAGGGUUACAAAGUGCGCCCAUCUUCAGGCUCACAAAAACGUGGGCGCUACUGAGUCGAAAGGACAAGUCUACGUUUGAUCGGCUCGACUACCUGAUGUCCAAAGAAGACAACUACAAACGUCUGAGAGACUUCAUCAGCAGCCAGAGCAUGGUCUCUUGCAUACCAUACCUAGGGAUGUACCUGUCCGACCUGACCUACAUCGACUCGGCCUACCCGUCCACAGGCAGCAUAUUGGAGAACGAGCAGAGGUCCAACCUGAUGAACAACAUCUUCCGAAUCAUAUCGGACCUGCAGAGAUCCUGCACCUAUGAUAUCCCAGUGUUGCCUCACAUCCAGAAGUAUUUGAACUCCGUCAGGUACAUCGAGGAGCUGCAGAAGUUUGUGGAGGAUGAAAAUUACAAGUUGUCUCAGAAGAUCGAGCCAGGCACCAGCACCCCUCGAGCCAACGCCUCCAAAGAGGAUCUGGUUGGUCAGGAAGCGUCGUCCUCCCCUCUCUGCGGUCGUAAGGGGUCCGUAGCGGCCGACGUCCCCGCCACUCCUCCGUCCCCCAGGAACCUGCUGCCCUACGGACACAGGAAGUGCCACAGCCUGGGUUACAAUUUUAUCCAUAAGAUGAACACAGUAGAGUUUAAAAGCGCCACAUUUCCCAACGCUGGCUCCCGUCAUCUGCUGGAUGACAGUGUGUUGGAGAGCCACAGUCCCAGCAGGGGACAGGCAGAGAGCUCAACUCUGUCCAGUGGCAUUUCGCUCGGGAGCAGUGAGGGCUCCGAGCUCAGUGAAGAGAUGUCUUGGCCAGCUUUUGAGAGGACUCGGUUCUAUCACUCUCUGGGCCCAGUGACCCGUGUGGCCCGCAUCCCGUACAGAGGAGUCCUGAGGCCCAGCAGCUCGGCUGAGUCGGAGGAACUUGCCGUUCACCUUUACCCCGGAGCCGUCACCGUCCAAGGGGUGCUGAAGCGGAAGACCGUGCUCAAAGAGGGCAAGAAACCAACCGUGGCAUCUUGGACCAAAUACUGGGUGGCGCUUUGUGGAACUCAGCUUUACUACUACCCUGCCAAGUCCCUGAAGGCCACAGAGAGGAAGCAUUUUAAGUCCACAUCCAGCAAGAGUGUGUGCGUGGUGGGUCUGAUGGCCAUGAUGGCCGACGAUCCGGAACAUCCUGACGUCUUCUUGCUGACCGACUCUGAGCACGGUAACACCUACAAGUACCAGGCAGGAAACAGGAUGAACGCUUUGCUCUGGUUCAAACAUCUUAGUGCUGCCUGUCAGAGCAAUAGGCAACAGGUACCAGCCAAUCUGAUGUCAUUUGAGUGAGUGGACGGUGGGAAGAGAGGGAUGAGGAAACGGAAGCGAGGAGGACGAGGAAGUGGAAGCUUUCACUGCCAUGAGCCCCGACAGACCGACUCUCACCCCCCUCCGACCUCACCGCAGCCUCACCUGCCACUACUGCCUUAACCAGAGUUCCUAGUUGUGUCUGUGUGUGUGAGCGCAGGUCUGUGUGGAGACAAGCGACCGCUUUGGAUGUGCUGACCACUGAACAAGGACCUGCACCACUGCUCCCGACUCCCA